CGCAGAAUGAGGAGGUUCACUUUAAUAACAGCAGUGGCUUUCUGCAGCCGCAGCUGGAUCUCAGCUUCUGAGUUUCAGACUGUGGAGGUCCAGCACGGGGACGAGGUCACACUGCAGUGUUCCAACAUUUCCGCCUAUCCAACACAGACAGACUGGUUCAGAGUGGUCAAUAAAACUAAGCCCAGCUGUGUUUCUUCUAUGUAUGGCUCUGACAGCGAAGCGUCGUUCUGUCAUGGAUUUAGAAACAGAAAUUUUACUAUGAGUUCCAACGUCUCUUUUGUCUUCCUUCAAAUCAAACGAGUGGAUUUAUCUGAUGCCGGGCUGUAUUUCUGUGGAUUGUACAUCAGUGGGCACACAAUCAUUUCUAAUGCAGUCGAGUUAAGAAUUGAAGGCAGUGAACCCAGAGAAGAGGAGGAUUUUAAUAAGACUGAUCAAGAGCCCAGUGGAACGACAAACCUCAUAAUCAUCGCCCUUGGAGGUCUGACAGGUCUGCUCACUUUAGUGGUCGUUGUUCUGGUUCUAAAAAUCUGGAAAUCUCAAAAAGGUGAGGUUACUUACAAAUUACUUCACUCAUCUUCUAAACUGAUUAACCUGUCCAAAACAAUGUAUUUGGUUGUUAAUAACAAGCAAUAA